AUGUUACUAGAAAUGACAGAUACAUUUCCAGAACUGCCUUGUACCGAGUUAACCAUACCAUUGACAAAUUCAAAGAAAUUACCUUUAAAGAGCGAUUAUGUUCUCACUCCUGAAGAUCUUCCAAGUUCAUCUCCUUUGUUAAUUUAUACUGCUACCGUGAUACCCGAUUCAUAUAUUCCUGAUAAUCAAGAACAACCUAUGCGGAACUCUCCUUGUCAACUGCCAAUUGUGAAUCUUUAUCUCAGAAUACAAAUUAAAGUAUUUCUUCUUGUGCGACUUGUAUUGAAGAUGAAGAUAAAUACCCUUAUAAGUGAUAAUGAUUCUAUUGAGCCUUUUCAUGUUCAACCUCAGAAUACAAAACCUGAUACUAAAGGUAAACAUGCUCGCACUGCAAAAAAAUAA